AUGUGGAGUUGGUCUCAAGAACAUGCACUUGGCCAAGUUCUUCUCUACCACAUGGAAUCCUACAAGGAGCUCACUUGCGAGUUCUUAGCUUCAAUGAGGUACCACAUGUAUGAGGAGAAGAUAGAGCUGAUUUGGACCAAGGAUUGGGAUGGAUCACGUUCUUGGCUAAGGGAGAGAAGAGAAUGGUCCAAGGCUGCUCAGAUCAGGAGCCCAGUCUUGAGAUAUGUGCACAAGGCACUUGCCAACACCUUCUUUGCAAGGAAGGCAACCGGGACAAUCAACGAGGGGAACUCAAGUUUCUUGACAUGGGAAUCAAGCCCUUCUCUCACGCACAAGCGAUGGCAAGAGGAUCAGGGGAGAUAG